AUGAUGGUAAUAUUUCCGGAGACACGCUUGCAGACUCGCAACCCAACACAUUUUAAAAAUGUCGCUGUCUUCGUACACCGCGUUGCUCCUAUCCCCGGCAGCAACAAAGGGAAAAUAGGUGAGGGUGCUUUCAAUCAGCAGCAGCAAAGGCAGCAGCAGCAACAGCAGCAGCAGCAACAGCAGCAGCAGCAACAGCAGCAGCAGCAACAGCAGCAGCAGCAACAGCAGCAGCACAGCACCGUUCGGACUGUAUGGGGCAUACUGUUUGUUGCUUUUGCUUGCACGUGGGCCUUCGACAUAGACCCAGAGGAAUGCAGCGUGAAGGAGCUGCAGCAGCGGCUGGAGCGGCUGAUUGUUACUCGUGCUGAUCGCAUGCGUUUAGUAUUUAAUGGGUUUACCCUUACUGCAACAAAUGCACUGGCAGACUAUGAUGUUAGAGGAGGAGACAGUCUCUAUCUGAUUGCAGCAACAGCUGCAGCGAAGCACAUAGCAGGUGAAUGCGCGAAAAUACUAACGCAGCAGCAGCUGAAGCUGUCGCUGCAGCAGCAAAGUCAGUCGGACUGCUGCUUCUAA